AAGCAGCACACCUGUCUUCAGUUAUCAGAGCAGCUUGGAAGUUGCAGCCUAUAAAGUUGGUGCAAAGGGGCUGUUCACAUCUAUUUAAUAGAAGAAUUUGGAAUCCUCAACAGUGUUGUUUUGUCUCAGAAGCCUACAGUUGAUUUGUUUGCUCAGCAACUCUGCUUUCAGCCAUGGCAAAAGAGAAGACUCACGUUAAUGUGGUGGUUAUCGGCCACGUUGAUAGUGGCAAGUCCACCACCACCGGACACCUCGUCUACAAGUGUGGUGGCAUUGACCAGAGGAGACUGGAGAAGUUUGAGAAAGCUGCUGCACAGAUGGGGAAGAGUUCCUUCAAGUUUGCCUGGGUGUUGGACAAGCUGAAGGCUGAGAGGGAGCGAGGAAUCACUAUUGAUAUUUCACUGCUAAAAUUCAACACACAGAAGUACACCAUGACAAUAAUUGAUGCCCCAGGCCAUCGUGACUUCAUCAAAAACAUGAUAACAGGGACAUCACAGGCUGAUGUUGCCCUCCUGGUGGUCUCAGCAGCUAAAGGGGAGUUUGAGGCUGGUGUGUCGAGAAGCGGUCAGACCAGAGAGCAUGCCUUGCUGGCUUACACUCUGGGCGUCAAGCAGAUCAUAGUCUGUGUGAACAAGAUGGACCUGACCGAACCCCCUUACAGCCAGAGACGUUUCGAUGAAGUGGUGCGAGGCGUGAGCGGCUUCCUCAAGAAGAUCGGCUACGACCCCACGACCGUGCCUUUUGUUCCCAUCUCUGGCUGGACUGGGGAGAACAUGAUCACUGCAACCCAGAAGAUGCCCUGGUUCCAAGGUUGGAAGGUCAGACGAAGGGAAGGGAAUGCAAGUGGAAGAACUCUACUAGAAGUUCUGGACUCCAUUCAGCCGCCUGUGCGCACAAUCAACAAGCCUCUACGAUUACCUCUGCAGGAUGUCUACAAAAUUGGAGGAGUUGGGACUGUGCCAGUGGGCAAGAUUGAAACUGGCGUCCUCAAACCAGGCAUGACCUUGAUGUUCUCCCCUGCCAAGCUCACAGCUGAGGUCAAGUCAAUUGAGAUGCACCACCAGGGCCUGCAGACGGCUCUACCGGGACACAACGUUGGCUUCAACAUCAAGAACGUGGCUGUCAAGAACCUGCGGCGUGGGGACGUGGCUGGCAACGCCCAGCAGGACCCUCCGUCAGAUGUCCGCAGCUUUGAAGCUCAGGUGAUUAUCCUGAACCACCCGGGGAAGGUCAAAGCUGGCUACUCUCCCGUCCUGGACUGCCACACUGCCCACGUGACCUGUCGCUUCGCCGAGCUGAGGGAGAAGCUUGACCGUCGCACAGGCAAGAAACUGGAGGACCAGCCUCAGAUACUGAUAUCUGGAGACGCUGCCACAGUCAAACUGGUUCCCAUCAAGCCCAUGUGUGUGGAGAGCUUCUUCACAUACCCUCCUUUAGGUCGCUUUGCAGCCAGAGACCUAAAGCAGACAGUCGCUGUAGGAGUCAUCAAGUCUGUGGAGAAGGACCAAAGCUCAAAACUACCACACAAAGUCCAAGUGUGUAAAUAAGUUUGCUUUUGUUUACCAGUAUUUUGGUAUCCAUGCUUUAUGUGAAGAGUUUUAUUUGGUAAGCUGUGAUAUUUGUGUGUUGACACAAAGUAUUUAGUUUAUUUUUUUUAAGUGUAUAGUAUUCCUGUGUUAUUAAAUUCAAAAGAAGCUGUAGCAGAGUUGGAUGAUAUAUUUUGGUUAAUGUGAAAUCAGAAUUGUUCAAAUGACAAUAAAUUGGAGAACUUUGUUUGAGA